AUGGGUGUGCAACGGGUUUCGUUCAAGCGCUACGUCGAGGUUGGCCGUGUUAUCCUUGUCUCGAAGGGUGAGAACCAGGGCAAGCUCGCCACUAUUGUCGAGAUUGUUGACCAGAACAGGGCUGUUGUGGAUGGCCCUUCGACUGGUGUGCCCCGCCAGGUUAUGGCUUACCGCGACAUGACUCUGACCCGCUUUGUGAUUAAGGUGCCCCGCGCUGCCGGCUCGACUGCCGUCAAGAAGGCCUUUGAGGCUUCGGGUGUCGCUGAGAAGUGGGCUGAGAGCAAGUGGGCCAAGACCAUCAAGGCUCGUGAGGCUCGCAAGAACACGACCGACUUUGAGCGCUUCACUGUGCAGGUCCUCAAGAAGCAGCGUCGCAACAUCCUUGGUGCUGCUGCCAAGAAGGUCCAGGCCUAA